AUGUCCAAUUUCAUCCUAUCACCACGAGGCGAAACCCUUAUGAUUCUUAAAGCGAGGCGUGCAGAUGCUGGAUCGUAUUCAUGUGUGGCGAAAAAUGCCGCUGGAGAGACAGAAGCUGGGUUUACUAAAGAAGACGAGGGUCGAUAUACUUGUCAUGCAGUUAACGAAGCUGGAACUUUGGAUACAGACUAUGAAUCUGAAAUUAUUGCACCACCUAAGUUCCAUCGCACUGGUGAAUCCGUGUAUGAAGUGGUAGAGCAUGAGACAGUCACAUUGGAUUGUGCUGUGGCCACAGAACCAAAACCUGAAGUUAUCUGGUAUCGAGGCGAACAACCACUUUAUUUGGCUGGAAAUAUGGCACUUUCCCCGGAUGCCAUGCAACUCACAAUUCGCUCAGUAUCUCUUUCUGACGGAGGAAAAUAUACUUGCAAAGCAAGCAAUGAAGCUGGAUCUUCGGAUAUUGAUCUAAUUUUGAAGGUGCUUGUCCCACCCAAAAUCGACAAAUCUAACAUUAUUGGUAAUCCUCUGGCGAUUGUGGAGAGGAAUAUCUAUCUGGAAUGUCCAGUGUCGGGAAUUCCCCAACCGACUGUAUCGUGGACCAAAGAUGGCCAUCCGGUGGAUGUCAACGAUAGCAGGAUUGUUUUUGCUCAGGUUUCGCCACCAGCCCUGGAGUCCACUGAGACUCAGACGCACACGAAGCGAGAGGGUGAUGCAUUGUCCAUCACUUGUCCUAUAAGAUCCGCUGUGGAUGCGACUUCAGCAGUGUCAGACAUUUCAACCGACGGACGUCGACUGCAGAUCGCAUCCACAUCGCUCAGCGAUGCGGGACUGUACACAUGCGUUGCGAUUAACCGAGCUGGAGAAUCGUCCCUGGAUUUCAAAGUGGAAAUACUGUGUACGCACCUAGGAAGCCAGAAAUGUCGUGAUUUAGAGGGGCGACAUCGCGCUACUUACCAACAUCGAUGGGCAGCUACUAACUCGCUUUCAUCUACUGUUAGCGGUGUUACUGUAACAACAGCAAAACCGGCUGUUACAGUAAUACCAUCUAGAUUGAACAGACCCACGAAUAGUUCGCAAUCUUUCAAUCACACUAAAAACUUUGGUCUAUCUAAGCGUCGCAUCAAACGAAACAGGGAUUACGAACGUACCUUUUUUGAAUAUAUUCUGAGAGAACUGCGACAUAAGGAUGAGUUAGAGGAGAUCAUGGUCGUUCCAGCUCCACCGGCUAUUGACUCCUCUCGUAACGACCCUUCUCCGAGAGUUACCAUUGGGCGCCCUGUCACCCUUUGGUGCGCCGUCAGUGGACAUCCAUUCCCAAGUAUUACGUGGAGGAAAGAUGGAGUAGAAGAUUACCUUCCAGCGAGCGAUGUAAUAAAAAUCCUUGACGAUGGUCAGAUGUUGGAGAUAUUGGACACUAAAAGGGAACAUGCAGGGACAUGGACUUGUGCUGCUGAGAAUGAUGCUGGCGUCAAAGAGUUUGAAAUCCAACUUGAUGUUUGGAUUCCUCCCGCUGUCCGAGUGUCUUCCGAAGCACCUAUCAAAGCAAUAGGCGAAACCGUGACUCUAUUCUGUGAAGCUAGCGGAAAUCCUCCACCAUCGCUAAGCUGGACUAAAGGUGGACAGCCCAUUAUCAAUAGCGUUGAAGGAGUUCGGAUCUCGCUAAAGGGAACACGCUUGGAUAUUCCUCACAUGGAACGAUCGGACGUUGGUGAUUACACUUGUAAUGCAAAUAACGAAGCUGGCAGUGCGGAAUCCACGAUUCAUGUCGACGUACUUGUUCCACCUGUGAUAGCCAGAAACAAUAUUGACAUGUCACCACGACUUCCAACAGGACAAACACUUAUGCUUAUCUGCGAUGUCGGAGGGAAACCUCAACCUACACUGAGAUGGUUUAUUAACGAAACGGAAAUCACGGAGAGUAAUGAACAAAUCGAGCUGGGACAUACUGGCAAAUUCAUUAAGAUUAGCAACAUUACGCUUCAAGAUAAAGGAGUCUACACAUGCAUUGCGGAUAAUGUGGCCGGCAAUGAUACCUUGCAGUACAAUGUAGAUGUUGUCCAAGCUCCUAUAAUCUCCAAUGGUGGAGCGCAACAAGUGAUUGAAGGCGAACUUGCUCGCAUUGAAUGUCUAGCUGAGGGACAUCCAGAACCGGUAAUCAGCUGGUUAAGGAAUGGCAUUCGUGUCGAAACUGGGGUACAAGGAGUGCGGUAUAUUGCUGAUGGAAAGAACGGGCUCCCCCUUUUGCCAAGCGCGAAUAUCGAGUUCAGUGAGGACAAGACGAGAAUAAACAUUAUCUCAACAAGGCUUAGUGAUGAGGGAGAAUACAUUUGUGUGGCAGCAAACUCAGCCGGACAAGCAAAACAGAAGACACAAGUUUACGUAGGA